CAUCUCGCAUGCCCAUGUUUUGGAGGAAGUGCGACCAGUGAGAGCUAGCUAGUUAGUUAGCUGCUUUCUAAUUCCAAGUUAAAAACGUAGUUACAAGUUAACGUUAUUUUAACGUUGGUGUUAAUGUUAGUUUCUAGUAGUUCAGUCGCUGUAGGUCUUCUCAAAUGAGACACGUGCUAAGCUAGCGUAUGUCAACAUCACAGGGCAGGUUGUGCUGCUAAAGGAGCUCGAGUUGUUGAGAAGAGCCUGCUGAGCUGGUUCAUUAUGAAGACCAACAAAUCAUAUAAGCUUGUGCUGCACAAGAAAGGCUUUGGUGGUAGUGAUGAUGAGUUGCUUGUCAACCCAAAGGUUUUCCCUCAAGUCAGUCUGAGGGAUAUCAUUGAGAUUGCACACCCUACAGAUGAGUACAGUCCUCUUCUGCUUCAGGUGAAGAGCCUAAAAGAGGACCUCCAGAAAGAGACCAUCAGUGUGGAUCACACUGUAGCACAAGCCUUCAAGCUGCGUGCUUACCAGGAUGUCAUUGUUAACAUUGUGGACCCAAAGGAUGUAACACUGGACCUGGUGGAGCUGACCUUCAAGGACCAGUACAUCGGCAGAGGAGACAUGUGGAGGCUGAAGAAGAGUCUGGUGAGCACAGGUGCUUAUGUGACGCAGAAAGUGGAGUUUGCUGGAAUCAGAGCCCAGGCCAGUGAACUGUGGGUGAAGGGAGAGAAAGUGACCUGUGGGUACAUCAGUGAAGACACUAGGGUGGUGUUCCGCUCCACGUCUGCCAUGGUGUACAUCUUCAUCCAGAUGAGCUGUGAGAUGUGGGACUUUGACAUCUAUGGUGAUCUGUACUUUGAGAAGGCUGUAAACGGCUUCCUGUCGGACCUUUUUGCCAAGUGGAAGGAGAAGAACUGCAGUCAUGAGGUGACAGUGGUACUUUUCUCACGUACAUUCUUCAACGCCAAGACUGUUGAGGAGUUUCCUGAGAUCCUGAGAGGUUCCAUCAGGCAGGAUCACGAUGGACGUUUUUAUGAAGACUUUUACAGGGUGGUGGCUCAGAACGAGAGGCGGGAUGAGUGGACGUCCCUGCUGGUCACCAUCAAGAAGCUCUUCAUCCAGUAUCCUGUGCUGGUGCGGCUGAAGGAAGAAGAUGGUUUUCCUGUCGGUUACAACUCCACUGCUGCUCAAGGAAACUACCUGGAGGCCAUCAACCUUUCCUUCAAUGUGUUUGACAAGCACUACAUCAACCGUAACUUUGACCGCACCGGCCAGAUGUCGGUGGUCAUCACGCCGGGGGUGGGGGUGUUCGAAGUGGACCGUCUGCUUAUGAUUCUCACCAAGCAGCGUAUGAUUGACAAUGGUAUCGGGGUGGACUUGGUGUGUAUGGGCGAGCAGCCAUUACACGCUGUACCGCUAUUCAAGGUAAUACACUCGGACUGUAGAUGCUUAGGUCAUACACCUGUUGUGAAAACACACACAUCAAGUCAGCAGUUUCUGGACCUAGUUAAGCUACACAACAGGACAGCACCUGGAGACUCUCGGGUUGGAGACGACUACAACCUUCCUCACUGGAUCAACCACAGCUUCUACACCUCCAAAAGUCAGAACUCUUGCAGCUCCUUUACUCCUCGAAUCAAACUGGCCGGACGCAAGCUUCAUGCUGAGAAAUUCAAGAGCAGCAAGGAACACACUCUCUGCGCUCCAAAGGACUCUGAAAACAGCCUCCCUAUUCAGGUGGACUACGACGCCCAUGAUGCUCAGGUGUUCAGACUGCCUGGCCCUUCACGAAUUCAGAGGAGCACCAACUUCAGAAUGGGUCGAGACAGAGAGGCGAGUGGGACCAGUGGGAGGAAGAGCUGGGGCUCGGUGGAGGUCAGUGCGAGCAUCGGAGCGUCGCCUCCUGUUCGCUCUGCGGGGCCGGAGGAGCAGCGCAGCCUGGCCUCUGACGACAGCCUGGGCCCUGUGUCCAACAUGCUGCUCAUCCCCCGCAUGCCUCUGGUCCAGUAUGAAGUCAGCAGCUCCCUGGGAUACACCAGCACCAGAGAGUUGUUGGAGAAGAUGAUGGACUCUCAGCGGGACUCCAGUGCCCCGGGCAGGUUCACCGUGGGAAGUGCUGAGUCCACCCUGCACAUCCGCCCCGGAGGGUACACCCCCCAAAGAGCACUCAUUAACCCCUUCACGCCGUCCAGGAUGCCCAUGAAGCUCACCUCCAACCGGCGGCGCUGGAUGCACACCUUCCCUGUCGGUCCUUCUGGAGAGGCUAUCCAGAUCCAUCACCAGACCAGACAGAACAUGGCUGAGCUGCAGGGCAGUCAGCAGAGAGACCCCGCCCACACCUCCGCUGAGCUGCUGGAGCUGGCCUAUCACGAGGCCACUGGAAGGCGGACAGUCUCUAGGCAUGCAGGAGAGAACGGUCUUUACAUCAGUGGAGGGAUGGAGGAGUUCACCGGGAGUCCAGGGAGCAACAACAGUGGAACCAUAAACAAUCGCGGCUCCACAUUUGAAGACGUUUCCCUCAACGGUGCCGAUCCAAGUGCCCCUGAAGCCCUGCUGCUGUCUGCACCCCCGACAGUGCCCAGCUUCUGCUGCACAGUGGGGGUGGACUGGAAGUCUCUGACCACCCCAGCCUGCCUCCCCCUCACCACGGACUACUUCCCAGACCGGCAGGCGCUGCAGAACGACUACACGGAGGGCUGCUACGACCUGCUGCCCCACAGCGACCUGGAGAGGCGUGAAGAUGAAGCUCCGGUGAUGAGUGCGGGUCAGGUGUUUGAGGAGUUCAUCUGUCAGAGGUUGAUGCAGGGCUACCAGAUCAUCGUGCAGCCCAACAACAGGAAGCCGCAGCCGCCCGCCAACAUCCCGCUGGGCAGCAGCCCGCUCUACUCCAGGGGUCUGGUGUCUCUGCGGCGGGCCGAGGUGGAGGAGACGGUGUACUGGCUCAGUAUGGGUCGGACCUUCCAUAAAGUUUGCCUCAAAGACAAGAUCAUCACUGUCACUCGCUACCUGCCCAAGUACCCGUACGAGUCUGCACUGAUCCAGUACAGCUACAGUCUGUGUCCUCCACACUCUGAUGCUCAGUUUGUGUCCUGCUGGGUGGAGUUUGGCCAUGAGAGGCUGGAGGAGUACAAGUGGAACUACCUGGAUCAGUACAUCUGCUCCGCAGGCUCUGAGGACUUCAGUCUGAUCGACUCCCUGAAGUUCUGGAGGACUCGCUUCCUCCUGCUGCCGGCAGGGGGAGCGAGGCGGGUGGCGGAUGGGGAGGGUCACUGGGAUGUGUAUGGGGAGGGGGCAGGUUCUGGGAAUGGAGGCAACGGGGACUGGGUCCUGCUGGACGGCUUCAUCCGCUUCCUGGAGGGUCUCAACCGCAUCCGGAGGAGACACCGCUCUGACAGGAUCAUCAGGCAGAAGGGCACCUCAAUGAAAGGCCUGCAGGUCACCAGUCCUCUCCCAGCGUACCCCCCCGAGCCACUGGUGCCCCCACAGGGGAAGAAAGGCACUUCAGCCUUAUCAGCCUUACUGGAGAUGGAGCAGAACCAGAAGACUCUGGAGGAGCAGCAGGCAAAGCCCACCUCAGCUGUCAGUGACCCCUCAGGUGUUACCACAUAUGUAGACAGCCCCCGCAAGGACGCUGCCUUUAUUUUGGAUUUUAUACGUAGCCCUCGCUCCUCCUACAUCUAUCACUCUCAGUUACCUGCUGAAUCCAGCGAGGCUGCAGAUAAAGGAGUCCAGGCAGCAGGAGCAGCAGCAGGAGGAGCAGCAGCAGCAGGAGCAGCAGCAGCGCCCCCUGCAGGAGAGGCUGCAGCAGGCAGCACUGUAGACACCAGUGGGCAGUCUGCAGCCGGAGACCUCUCCAUCUCCUCUUCCUCAACUCUCAUGGAGAUCCUGGAGGCCAUCAAACAUCCCACGACGGGUGUGCAGCUGCUGCCGGAACAGAAAGGACUUCCACUCAACUGCUUCAUCAGCGCGGAGGUCGUUCAUUGGCUGGUCAACAACGUGGAGGGCGUGGCCACACAUGGGAUGGCUGUGGACAUCAUGCAGAAAAUGCUGGAUGAAGGCGUUGUGUCCCACGCUUCUGGAGAUGCCAUGCGCAGCUUCAUCUACGGAUUCUAUUUCUACAGGAUUGUAGGAGAGAAGGAUGGCUCCGUCUCCCAGCCGCCCCCCAACCCCGCUGGAGGCUGGUCGGCUGCCGCCCUGGAAGACUUUGCCCUGUUCCAGAGGAAGUGGUUCGAGGUGGCCUUCGUGCUGGAGGAGUGGCGGCCCUGUGACCUCCCCCCCUUCCUGCUGCCCUGGCUGCCCAGCCGGCCGGCCUCCUACGCAAGUAGGCACAGCUCCUUCAGCCGCAGCUUUGGAGGACGCAGCCAGGCCGCCGCACUGCUAGCUGCCACGGUCCCGGAGCAGAAGACUGUCUCUCUGGAUGUGGACGUGAACAACCGCAGCGACCGCACAGAGUGGUGCAGCUGUUAUUACCAUGGAAACUUCUCCCUCAACGCUGCCUUCGAGAUCAAGCUUCACUGGAUGGCUGUCACUGCCGCAGUGCUCUUUGAGAUGGUUCAAGGCUGGCACAGGAAAGCGGCGUCCUGCGGCUUCCUGCUGGUCCCCGUGCUGGAGGUCCCCUUCGCUCUGACCUCCUACCUGUACGGGGACCCUCUGAGGGCCCAGCUCUUCAUCCCUCUGAACAUCCACUGUCUGCUGAAGAACCCCAACGACAACCUGUUUGAAGGCUUUGAACCGGAGACGUACUGGGACAGGAUGCAGCUGUUCCAGGAGGCCAUCCUGUACAGAUUCGGCUUCUUGCACGACAAGGUUUCAGCUUCUGCCUUCAACUUCCCGUCUGAGAACAAGCCCCAGUAUGUCCACGUCACAGGCACCGUGUUCCUGCAGCUGCCCUACUCCAGGAGGAAGUUCUCCAGCGGGCAGCAGCGGCGGCGCAGGAACUCCAACAGCUCCAACAGCCAGGGGCCGUACGGCAGCGAGGAGCGGGUGGGCUACUACUGGGCCUACAACACCAUGCUGACUAAGGCCUGGAGGACGGGGGUGCUGGGGGACGAGAGGCUGGCCGACCGGCUGCUGCGAGACUUCACCGACUUCUGCGCCAACAAAGACAAUCGGCUGCUGCAGCUGUGGGACAGCUGCCAGGAGAAGAUGAACGCCAGCGCGCCCUGAACGCCAGCGAGCGCGCCCUGAACGCCAGCGAGCGCGCCCUGAACGCAGCAGAGCAGCUCAGCAGAGACUCUUUAAUUUAUGCAGCAACAUGAUGGACUGUGCUGACAGACCGCUGCCUCCAUAGGCGGGAGAAAACUUCAGAUCUUUUACUAAAGUAAAGUUACUAAUAUCACGGUGUAGAAAUGAUCUUCUACAAUUCCUGGAUUUUUGUUUUUUACUUAAAAGAAGUACCAAAAGCAUCGAUAUGUUUGAAGUACCAAAAGCAUCGAUAUGUUUGAAGUACCAAAAGCAUCGAUAUGUUUGAAGUACCAAAAGCAUCGAUAUGUUUGAAGUACCAAAAGCAUCGAUAUGUUUGAAGUACCAAAAGCAUCGAUAUGUUUGAAGUACCAAAAGCAUCGAUAUGUUUGAAGUACCAAAAGCAUCGAUAUGUUUGAAGUACCAAAAGCAUCGAUAUGUUUGAAGUACCAAAAGCAUCGAUAUGUUUGAAGUACCAAAAGCAUCGAUAUGUUUGAAGUACCAAAAGCAUCGAUAUGUUUGAAGUACCAAAAGCAUCGAUAUGUUUGAAGCACCAAAAGCAUCGAUAUGUUUGAAGUACCAAAAGCAUCGAUAUGUUUGAAGUACCAAAAGCAUCGAUAUGUUUGAAGUACCAAAAGCAUCGAUAUGUUUGAAGUACCAAAAGCAUCGAUAUGUUUGAAGUACCAAAAGCAUCGAUAUGUUUGAAGCACCAAAAGCAUCGAUAUGUUUGAAGUACCAAAAGCAUCGAUAUGUUUGAAGUACCAAAAGCAUCGAUAUGUUUGAAGUACCAAAAGCAUCGAUAUGUUUGAAGUACCAAAAGCAUCGAUAUGUUUGAAGCACCAAAACAAAAGGUGCUCAUUUAGCAGUAAAUCCAUGUAUUGAACACUGGACUGGAUCAUUAGUGAUCAAUGAAUGUGUCCACCCUUUUCAUUUUGCGGCUGUAAAGGUAGGAGCUAACUUUAUUGACUUGUUAUGUUGCUAAGCAGAUCAUCAUUUAUUAGUUGAUUUAUAUUUAGUAUGAAUAAUAGGGACGAGCAAACUAACUAAUGUUGUCAAAUAAAUGUACAAUAUUGUAAAGUUGAAGCACGUCAAAAUGAUUCUUAAGUAUAGUUCUUGAAUAUAUGUACUUAGUUACUUCCCAUUACUGCCUGCUCCAAUAAGAGUCCACCUCUGAUCUGAGGUUCAGUAUUAAAGGCUUGAAUCUGUGGAAGUCUAAAGUAUAAUGUUGAUGCCUUAAGAGCAGAGGGUCUGCUCAAAUUAUGUGUUUUGUUUAUUUACAAAAAUAAAUAAGACAAUGUUUAAUAAAAA